AGGGAGAUAAUUCUUUCGAAUUACCUCCCUUGAUCCAUACCUACACCUUAUGUAAGCACUUCACAAGCUGCUGCAACACGUCGUGGAUACAAGUUCGUCCCCUGUGCAAAUGCAAUCCCCAAGAGUGGCCAUUGUGGGUGGAGGAGUAUCUGGCCUGGUUUGUGCUGCCAGGCUCGGGCAGCUGAACAUUCACGAUGUAACCGUGUUUGACACAGGUCAAAAUGCAGUGGGAGGUCGCUGCUCAUCUCGCCAUGUGCCGAUUGAGGGGAAAACAUACAUAUUUGACCACUCAGCUCAGUACUUCACAGUCACGGACAAAAGGUUUGCUAAAAUUGUCAGUUUUCUGCACUCCAAAGGGGCAGUGAAAGUGUGGUCAGGUAACAUUGGACAUCUCAAGAAGGGCAGAUUCUCGACAGAUGCUAAUAUCACUCAGGCUUUUAUUGGCAGUGAGGGAAUGAGGUCUGUGGUGGAAUGUCUGGCAUCACUUGUCAAAGUACAGCGGCCUUGUUGGAUUGGCAGUGUCAGCUUCGACAGUGUGUCUAGGAAAUGGCAGGUAGACAAGUAUGGCUUCUUUGACUAUUUGGUUGUAGCUCACAAUGGUAAGUGUGCUGACAAGUUAAUGUCAAACGCUGGAGUACCCGACAUUCAUAGACUGCUGACAGUGAGGUUUGGGGAUCAUCUUGUCUCCAGGGAUCCACGGAUGCAACUUUGUUCAUUGUGGGUUCUACUGGUUGCAUUCAGAGAGCCACUUAAACUCCCCUUUCAGGGAGCACAUGUUGAACAUCAAGAUAUAUCAUGGAUUGCAAACAACACUGCCAAGCUAGGACAGAAAUUUCCUGCUAGUAAGAUUGAAUGUUGGACAGUGUUUAGUACGAGAGAGUUCGGCACAGCAAACAAGGUUCCUCAGGAGAACAUUCCCCCGGGGAAGGCCCAAGGCGUUACCAGCAAGCUGCUCGAUGCAUUCAGCCAGGCCACGGGGAAGGGCCAGCUCCCCGCCGUCGUGUAUUCCCGAGUACAGUUGUGGGGGGCAGCUGUGCCCAUGAAUGUGUUGGGAACAGAUGAGGAGUGUGUGUUUGACAGCUUCAGUAAUGUGGGUAUUUGUGGGGACUGGCUGGUGAGCCCCUGUAUUCAGGGGGCAGCGCUCAGCGGGCUCGCUCUAGCAGAGAGGAUACAUCAACACUGUAAUGGGGUGGCCAUCACCAGCACCAGUGUGAAGCCUGUGUUUGUGCCAGCCAGUGGUCACAUGAUAGGGGCCUUCCCCACAGACAGGAACAUGAUCUUCACUCCCAACAAGUCACAGUAGGUGUUGCCAGCACAGACAGGAACAUGAUCUUCACUCUCAACAAGUCACAGUAGGUGUUGCCAGCACAGACAGGAACAUGAUCUUCACUCCCAACAAGUCACAGUAGGUGUUGCCAGCACAGACAGGAACAUGAUCUUCACUCCCAACAAGUCACAGUAGGUGUUGCCAGCACAGACAGGAACAUGAUCUUCACUCCCAACAAGUUAUAGCAGGUGUUGCCAGCACAGACAGGAACAUGAUCUUCACUCCCAACAAGUCAUAGCCGGUGUUGCCAGCACAGACAGGAACAUGAUCUUCACUCCCUACAAGUUAUAGCAGGUGUUGCCAGCACAGACAGGAACAUAAUCUUUACUCCCAACAAGUCACAGCAGGUGCUUGCCAGCACAGACAGGAACAUGAUCUUCACUCCCAACAAGUUAUAGCAGGUGCUUGCCAGCACAGACAGGAACAUGAUCUUCACUCCCAACAAAUCAUAGCCGGUGUUGCCAGCACAGACAGGAACAUGAACUUCACUCCCAACAAGUUAUAGCAGGUGUUGCCAGCACAGACAGGAACAUGAUCUUUACUCCCAACAAGUCACAGCAGGUGCUUGCCAGCACAGACAGGAACAUGAUCUUCACUCCCAACAAGUUAUAGCAGGUGCUUGCCAGCACAGACAGGAACAUGAUCUUCACUCCAAACAAGUCACAGCAGGUGCUUGCCAGCACAGACAGGAACAUGAUCUUCACUCCCAACAAGUUAUAGCAGGUGCUUGCCAGCACAGACAGGAACAUGAUCUUCACUCCCAACAAAUCAUAGCCGGUGUUGCCAGCACAGACAGGAACAUGAACUUCACUCCCAACAAAUCAUAGCUGGUGUUGCCAGCACAGACAGGAACAUGAUCUUCACUCCCAACAAAUCAUAGCAGGUGUUGCCAGCACAGACAGGAACAUGAACUUCACUCCCAACAAGUUAUAGCAGGUGUUGCCAGCACAGACAGGAACAUGAACUUCACUCCCAACAAAUCAUAGCCGGUGUUGCCAGCACAGACAGGAACAUGAUCUUCACUCCCAACAAGUUAUAGCCGGUGUUGCCAGCACAGACAGGAACAUGAACUUCACUCCAAACAAAUCAUAGCCGGUGUUGCCAGCACAGACAGGAACAUGAUCUUCACUCCCAACAAAUCAUAGCAGGUGUUGCCAGCACAGACAGGAACAUGAUCUUCACUCCCAACAAAUCAUAGCCGGUGUUGCCAGCACAGACAGGAACAUGAUCUUCACUCCCAACAAAUCAUAGCCGGUGUUGCCAGCACAGACAGGAACAUGAUCUUCACUCCCAACAAGUUAUAGCAGGUGUUGCCAGCACAGACAGGAACAUAAUCUUCACUCCCAACAAAUCAUAGCCGGUGUUGCCAGCACAGACAGGAACAUGAACUUCACUCCCAACAAAUCAUAGCCGGUGUUGCCAGCACAGACAGGAACAUGAUCUUCACUCCCAACAAGUUAUAGCAGAUGUUGCCAGCACAGACAGGAACAUGAACUUCACUCCCAACAAAUCAUAGCCGGUGUUGCCAGCACAGACAGGAACAUGAUCUUCACUCCCAACAAGUUAUAGCAGGUGUUGCCAGCACAGACAGGAACAUGAUCUUCACUCCCAACAAAUCAUAGCCGGUGUUGCCAGCACAGACAGGAACAUGAUCUUCACUCACAACAAGUUAUAGCAGGUGUUGCCAGCACAGACAGGAACAUGAUCUUCACUCCCAACAAAUCAUAGCCGGUGUUGCCAGCACAGACAGGAACAUGAUCUUCACUCCCAACAAGUUAUAGCAGGUGUUGCCAGCACAGACAGGAACAUGAACUUCACUCCCAACUAAUCAUAGCUGGUGUUGCCAGCACAGACAGGAAUAUGAUCUUCACUCCCAACAAGUUAUAGCAGGUGUUGCCAGCACAGACAGGAACAUAAUCUUCACUCCCAACAAGUCACAGCAGGUGCUUGCCAGCACAGACAGGAACAUGAUCUUCACUCCCAACAAGUUAUAGCAGGUGCUUGCCAGCACAGACAGGAACAUGAUCUUCACUCCCAACAAAUCAUAGCCGGUGUUGCCAGCACAGACAGGAACAUGAACUUCACUCCCAACAAGUUAUAGCAGGUGUUGCCAGCACAGACAGGAACAUGAACUUCACUCCCAACAAAUCAUAGCCGGUGUUGCCAGCACAGACAGGAACAUGAUCUUCACUCCCAACAAGUUAUAGCAGGUGUUGCCAGCACAGACAGGAACAUGAUCUUCACUCCCAACAAAUCAUAGCCGGUGUUGCCAGCACAGACAGGAACAUGAACUUCACUCCCAACAAGUUAUAGCAGGUGUUGCCAGCACAGACAGGAACAUGAUCUUCACUCCCAACAAGUUAUAGCAGGUGUUGCCAGCACAGACAGGAACAUGAUCUUCACUCCCAACAAAUCAUAGCCGGUGUUGCCAGCACAGACAGGAACAUGAACUUCACUCCAAACAAGUUAUAGCAGGUGUUGCCAGCACAGACAGGAACAUGAUCUUCACUCCCAACAAGUUAUAGCAGGUGUUGCCAGCACAGACAGGAACAUGAUCUUCACUCCCAACAAAUCAUAGCCGGUGUUGCCAGCACAGACAGGAACAUGAACUUCACUCCCAACAAGUUAUAGCAGGUGUUGCCAGCACAGACAGGAACAUGAUCUUCACUCCCAACAAAUCAUAGCCGGUGUUGCCAGCACAGACAGGAACAUGAACUUCACUCCCAACAAGUUAUAGCAGGUGUUGCCAGCACAGACAGGAACAUGAUCUUCACUCCCAACAAAUCAUAGCCGGUGUUGCCAGCACAGACAGGAACAUGAUCUUCACUCCCAACAAGUUAUAGAAGGUGCUUGCCAGCACAGACAGGAACAUGAUCUUCACUCCCAACAAGUCACAGUAAGUGUUGCCAGCACAGACAGGAACAUGAACUUCACUCCCAACAAGUCACAGUAAGUGUUGCCAGCACAGACAGGAACAUGAACUUCACUCCCAACAAGUCACAGCAGGUGCUUGCCAGCACAGACAGGAACAUGAUCUUCACUCCCAACAAGUCACAGUAAGUGUUGCCAGCACAGACAGGAACAUGAACUUCACUCCCAACAAGUCACAGCAGGUGCUUGCCAGCACAGACAGGAACAUGAUCUUCACUCCCAACAAAUCAUAGCAGGUGUUGCCAGCACAGACAGGAACAUAAUCUUCACUCCCAACAAGUCACAGCAGGUGCUUGCCAGCACAGACAGGAACAUGAUCUUCACUCCCAACAAGUUAUAGCAGGUGCUUGCCAGCACAGACAGGAACAUGAUCUUCACUCCCAACAAGUUAUAGCAGGUGCUUGCCAGCACAGACAGGAACAUGAUCUUCACUCCCAACAAAUCAUAGCCGGUGUUGCCAGCACAGACAGGAACAUGAACUUCACUCCCAACAAGUUAUAGCAGGUGUUGCCAGCACAGACAGGAACGUGAUCUUCACUCCCAACAAAUCAUAGCAGGUGUUGCCAGCACAGACAGGAACAUGAUCUUCACUCCCAAAUUGUCAACUAUUGCUCUGUGUUGAGGGAGAACAAGUCACAGAGUGACAUCAACAAAUCAUUUCUUACACCAACUUGAUAUUUUGGUAACAAGAAUGAAUGAAAGGAAAUUCCUGUAAAAUGUAAUAUUUAAAAAAUAAUACCAAAAUUAAGUAGUGCCUUAUUUAUAGAGUUUAAUCAGAAAUGUAUGUUAGCAAUGAAGACAAAUGCAGUGUGGGUAAACUGAGUGUAGACAAGUGUAGUGUGGGUAAACUGAGUGUAGACAAAUGUAGUGUGGGUAAACUAAGUGUAGACAAAUGUAGCGUGGGUAAACUAAGUGUAGACAAAUGUAGCGUGGGUAAACUGAGUGUAGACAAAUGUAGCGUGGGUAAACUGAGUGUAGACAAAUGUAGCGUGGGUAAACUGAGUGUAGACAAAUGUAGCGGGGGUAAACUGAGUGUAGACAAAUGUAGCGGGGGUAAACUGAGUGUAGAGUGUAGACAAAUGUAGCGUGGGUAAACUGAGUGUAGACAAAUGUAGUGUGGGUAAACUGAGUGUAGAGUGUAGACAAAUGUAGUGUGGGUAAACUGAGUGUAGACAAGUGUAGUGUGGGUAAACAGUGUAGACAAAUGUAGUGUGGGUAAACUGAGUGUAGACAAAUGUAGUGUGGGUAAACUGAGUGUAGACAAAUGUAGCGUGGGUAAACUGAGUGUAGACAAAUGUAGCGUGGGUUAACUGAAUGCCGACCACCAGACAGGGUAGCAACAAGUACCAUCUAUUAACAUAUUAUGGGGAUCAAACCCUGGACCUUUCGUCCUCUGGGCGGACGCUCUACCACUAGUCUAAGCAGACAGUCAAAGUAUUGUUUUAAACCGUCCAACAUGCUAGGAGUACCAAGUGACCAUGCCAAGUCACUAGAAUCUUUGAAAAAUCAUCACAAACUAGAGGAUGUGAAAUUUACUAGAUUUAUUAUAUAAAAUAACUGACAAAAACAAGUUCACUUCAAAAACGUUUUUGAACACUUUGUUCAUGUUAUGUAUACAGGAGAGAUUAAAUAGGAAUAUGGUAUGUACAAAUGACAGGUAUUGACUUCCUCAAGUCUUCAUCGACACAUACAAUGUACAUAGAGUAUACACAAUGUACUCACUGAUGACUUAAGCAUGUUUCGUCGAUCAGAAAGAGGAAAAACACUAAAAUGAACAAAAACAGUAAUCAAGGGGAUCCCAAAUACUGUUUGUUAAUGAUCAACAAAGGAUCACUUUAUUGCAUUUUGGCUUCAUUUUAUCGCAGCUGUAUAUGCAUAGACAAGA